AUGCCAACAGGAGAAAGAAUGAACCUCCCUAUCAUCAUCAAGAGCAUCAAAACGGGCGUCCGUUUCGAGACUUUCGUUGACGAUGUCUCCGCAGCGCUCCAAGCUGCUAUAGACAGACCACUGUCUCGGCCUGAAGAAGCCAUCUCGUACAGAACUCUAAACGACGACAGUAAGAAGCAAUACCACGGUCUGGGCAUCUCAGGUGCAGCAGACGGGCCAGACCGGACGAUCAUCAGCUCCAAAGCACUGUCGACUAAGCCUUCUCUCCCAAAGUUCUCGAAGUCAGGAAAACCCAUCCCGCAGGAUGGGUCACUGUCCCUAUGUCUAUUCGGUAUGGGGUGGUUUCCGAAAGAGAUUGCUGAGUCGCCGGAUGGUCCGCCCUCGCCAUGGAUGCCUGGUGCCAGAUUCCGAAUGCAGCAGUCCACUCAAGAUGGCGGAGCAGUAGCUGUGCGCGACACCCGUCGCCACGGAAAUCAGUUCGAAGCGUUAUAUGCUUCGAAUGUCAACGCUCAUCCCGCCGCUCUUCAAGCUCAUUCCCGAGGUCCCGUCGCGGCACUGGUUGCCUCGAUGUGGCCCGAAGACCUUGCUGGGGGGACGGUUGACCCUCAUCCGCAGGCCGUAGCGAGAGUUGAACCACAAGGCCCGGUCUAUGCGGAAUAUCUUACUGCAUCGCCGGAGUGUAUUGACGGGAUAAGCAACGGAGAAUCCUCGGAGGACGACUUGGAGGACUAUACAGAGGUCGACUCAGACGAGGACUCAGACGAGGACUCAGACUCCUUCGUCGAGAUCGAAAACACGGGGACGGAUGUUAUCCGUGAGUUGAUGUUCGAGAUUGACGAAGUCAUCGAUCUGUACGAGGGCCUGUCGGAUUCGUGA